AUGGCCAAGAAAGAUAAGAAGAACAAGGACAAGGCUGCUACUUUCCUGCCAAAACCGCAUCCAUUUGCACAGCCCAAACCGCCACCAUUCUCGAGUCAACCACCGAUAAAUGCUGGGACAUCACCAUUGACGUUGAAAACCAGUAAUAAUGCAAACCUCCUGCCCCUCAAUGAUAAGUCCAGCGCCCUAGCACGUCAGUUUAUGUCGGCUACGUCGACUCCAGCUCCAGCAACCCCUGGCACUAACCACCAUGCCCCUAUCAAGCCACUGCCCUCGACUACUUCUACAACGUCUAAAAAUUUUGCCGCUGCUAACUUGUAUACAGCGCUCAGUAAGGGAGCCGGGUUCCCAGCUAAAAUGCCGUCCUCAAUUGCUGAGUCCACAUCCCAGUCUUCUGGCCCUGCACGGGCUUCAAGCGUCGACUCUGUAAAGGAACUUGGUGCUCCUCGGGUAAAUUCGUAUCCUGCUCCACUAUCUCGAGGAAUUUCUUCAUCCUCAACAAGUGCCACUAACGCUUUAAGAGUUUCUUCCUCGAUGAUGAACGGUACAUCAAAAGGCGCUGUGAACGGCCAAGAAGCUUAUCUUCUGUCUCUGCGCAAGGGCGAUCCCGAGAUGCACCUCUUACAGGAUGAUCCAACUACAGUUUCAGGGCGUAGCAGAGAUCACGAACUCAAGACUGCCCCAAUCUUUACGCGCGACGCCUAUGUCGCAGCUGGUUAUCGUGAACAUACCACUCAGUAUGGAGUUAUGGGAAAAACACUUUCUAUCUAUUCGAAAGCUAAUAGAUAUACUCCUGCGGAUGCUCGCCUUUACAUCAAUACAAAUGCUCCAUUUUCUGCUGUCGUAUGCGGCGUACAAGGCUCGGGAAAGUCACACACCGUGUCCAUACUCUUGGAAAACAUGUUCAUAUCAAAUUUCCGCCAAAUCGGUUCUCUUCAGAGGCCGCUUGCGGGAUUGGUUCUUCAUUUUGGAGAAGGAGGUCCUGGUUCGCGUCCCAGUGAAGCAGCUUGGGUCGGCGUCUCAAGCGUCGAAGGUGUACAUCCUCCCCCCGUCCAUGUAUAUGUAUCGCGCUCUUCCCUUAACACGAUGAAAACCGUAUAUGCACCUCUUGGGAAUAGAGUGAGAGUGGAACCGCUGCUUUUCACCGAAGAGGAACUGGAUGCACAGGCAUUCUUGUCGAUGAUGGCAGUUGGCUCUUCGGAGUCCGCCCCAUUGUACAUCCAAGUGGUACUGUCUAUUCUCCGUGAUCUGGGAGAAAACUUUUCGUAUAAUGAAUUCAUGGUUCGUCUUGACGACAAGAAACAGUCUUUCAAUCCUGCCCAACUGGCAGGACUUGAGCAGCGUAUGGCUCUCCUCAAUUCAUUUGUAGACCGCACGCAGCCCUCCGAACGGCGGUUUGUAGCGGGGCAACUUACAAUCAUCGAUCUUUCCGACCCAUUUAUUGAUCCGGCAUCUGCGUGCGGUCUUUUUGAAAUAAUAACACGCUUGUUUGUGAGGGCAGAAGUGGGAACAGGGAAAGUGCUUGUGGUCGAUGAAGCACAUAAAUACUUAUCAUCAAGUAAAGGAGCCUCAGGACUGACGAAUUCUCUCUUAACUUUAACCAGAGAGCAGCGGCAUUUGGCAAUGCGCGUUAUCAUCAGCACUCAAGAGCCUACUGUGGUUCCGCCCGUCCUUUUGGAUCUAUGCACCGUCGCAAUCCUCCAUAGGUUCUCUUCUCCUUCUUGGUGGGACCAUCUCGCGAAACAUGUUUCUGCGGACAUCUCAGCUGAAGAUGCAUUUGAUAAAGUCGUUAAACUCCAGGUUGGGUUUCCCAACUUUGUGCCAAUGUCACAUGUUAAUAGUUUACUUUAG